AUGGAGUCUGUGACAGCAAUCAGUGAUCGUUUAUCCAUCCCAAAACAUCACAGUCGAUGUCUGUCAAAAACAAGAGUUGUGUGCAUUGUACAUAAUGAUUGGUAUAAGAAUCUAAGGCAAGGAAAAUUGAUUCAAAUUCCACCUACUGAUCAUUUUACCAACUUGGAAGCUGAAAGAUUAUUGGCUGGUUCAUCAUUGACAUUACCAGAAACAUGGCUGAGACUUACAAUCAAAGUUGUUCAAAAACAGAAUGUCUUAGUUGAAAGAUUAAGAGAUGACAACCUAUACAACACAAAUGUAGCAGAUAAUAUAUUUGGACAUUUGAACUAUGUGGCUCAUGAAAAUUUCAAUACACAAUGGCGAAAUGCAUUCCAUUUAUAUAAAGGAUCAAAAAAGAGUGCUCAAAUCAAAGAAUAUGUUAAGUUUAAUUCAUCAGUCCAUCAAUAUAUAGACAAGUUUAAACCCGAGAUUAUUAUCAACUUAGAUACCACUGUAUCAACUUUACCAUUAUCAACUAAAAAACAUAGUGAAUUACACCCUAAUCUAGUUCCUUGUAAAGUUUUAAUAGAAACAGAGACCCAUUUCUUCUUUAUACAACCAUACAUACCAUAUACAUUACAUAAUCUAGUGUUUUAUAGCCCUUCUGUAUUGACCACAUCUCCAGCUAAUACUCUAUUUAUACUCUAUCAGCUAUUACAUUCUAUGCAAUGUCUGCAUCAACAUGGUUUAUCGGCUAAGGGAAUCAAUUUAUGCAAUAUUCUGAUUGAUAAAAACUUAUGGAUAUCUGUGACCACACCCCAAAUCAAAACAUGGAUAAAAGAGAAGCCUGGUGGUAAAGAGGAAAUUGAACCACACAAGGACCAAGAUCAUACUGCUCAAGUUCCAAAAACAGUCUUAAGAUUGACUUCUGAAAAAGAAGAUUUAGUGACAAGUGCUCAGGAUUACUUAACAUCAUACAUUUACAAGCAAUAUUCAAUCAGUGAUCUUCCAACAAUAGUGGAUAAUUGGGUACAUAAAAAGCUGACUAAUUUUCAAUAUCUUAUGAUUUUGAAUCAUCUAGCAGGUCGUGUAAUGAAUGAUCCUAACAAUCAUCCAGUGUUGCCAUGGGUAAUGGAUUUUACUGGCCAUGAUUCAGGGUAUCGAGACCUGACUAUGUCUAAGUAUAGAAUAAACAAGGGAGAUUAUCAAUUAGACUUUACAUAUAACUCUAUGAUUGGUUUAAAUGAAAAUGGUGAGCACAUUCCACAUCAUGUGUCCGAUGUCUUAUCAGAUAUUACAUAUUUUGUUUAUAAGGCCAGACGAACUGAAAAAUCUAUAUUAUGUACUCAUGUCCGCACAAAUUGGGUACCACAUGAAUAUCCUAGCAGUAUGCAGAGAAUGAUGGAAUGGACGCCUGAUGAAUGUAUACCAGAAUUCUAUACAGAUCCUAAUAUAUUUGUUUCUAUCCAUGAAGAUCUACCAGAUUUAGAAAUACCAUUAUGGUGCAGUUCAACGUAUGAUUUUAUCACAAGACAUAUGGCAGCUUUAGAAAGUGAGGCAGUAUCAGAAAUGUUACAUUACUGGAUUGAUCUGACAUUUGGAUAUAAGUUGAGUGGCUCGGCAGCAGUUAAGUCUAAAAAUGUUUAUCUUCAAUUAGUUGAUAACCAUAAAACUAUCACAAACCAUGGAGUGGUGCAACUAUUUACUCAACCACACCCUCAUAGACCCUCCUCAACCCAACCAUUUACCUCUGUUCUUCCACCUAAAAUAUACAGAGAAGUUUUACCAGCUCAAAUGAUGCAGUUACAUCAAACAUCUGGUAGUCAAGAAACUGUUGUCCAUGCUCUAAGAUCCAUGGAAGUAGUAGAUUUUAUUGAUAAAACCAGACCAGAAGAUUUUGCUAUACAAUUACCAAAUAAUUAUACUAAUAUCUUACAAGCUUUAGAUGAUUAUGAAAGUCAGCUAAAUUUCUCUACUAAAGUUCUUCAACAUAAACUAUCAACAGAUGAUAGAAAGAGAUCAAAGUAUCCAGAAGAUGAAGUGAGAGACAUAAUAACAGAAGAUUUAACAGUGUUUAUUUGUAAUAUGUGUGAGAUUUUCCUGUCUCCUAAAUUAAGAGCAUUAGGAUGUAAUGUACCACUGUUAGAACGUUAUAGAUUGAUUCAAUCACUUUGUUCAACAGAAUGUAUUGAUUUACCUAGAACAUACCGAAAAGCUGCAUCGUUUUUGCUAUCAACUGUGAUUAUAGAUGAAAGUGAUCAUGAGAAACCUAAAUUACAAUAUUUAACAGACAAUGAUGAUAGUAUACCUCUUCCAACACCCAGUUAUUUAUUACAACCUUUUACUAAUAUACUACCUUUCCCUGAUUACUUUGAUAAACUAUAUUCUUGUCUGGCAGAACUCAAACAGAAAGAUGAUGAGAUUGAAAAAAUACAUUGGAGUAUGCUUACUCUUGCUGAAAAGAACUCUUUAAUAAAAUCUUUACAGAGAGAAAAGGUUCCUCUUCUUGAUAAAUUUCUACAAAAACAUCAUAAAAAGCUUGGGAAGCAAGGUUUAAACAUCUUAUCUCCAUAUAUUGAAGAGCUGUUCGAGAAUGAGAUCACCACUGUGCAAGCUGCUUGGUGUUUUUUAAAUACAAUGAGUCGAGAAUUAGGACGAGAGGAAACUACCAAAAGACUCAUGCCACAUUUGAUUAAGUUAUUUAGUGGUGAACAUUCCACAGCAAAACAUGUCAAGCUCUAUCAUCGACAGUUUUUAAUGCAGUUGAUUGUAAGACUAGGACUUAAAACGUUUAUUGUGCACUUUGCUACACUGUUAGUUGAGGCUGUAUCAGGCUUUAAAGAUUUCUAUGUGCCCAGUAAAUUUUACAAUGAGGAGUUAUUGGAAGAUCCUAGUCCAGCUUGGGAUACCAAUAUGUCACGAAAUAGAUCACUCAACGAACUGUCCAUAGGACAACCUAAUGAAUUUACAUUCCAAAAUGAUUAUGAAGAGACUACACAUAUAGAUGGUGAUGACAACGAAGAUGAGUUUAUAACUGAUAAUAUGUCUAUGGAAGAUGAAGAUGAAACAAGACCAAUGUCUGGUGAUUCUACUAGUAUAGGUAAACAGUCAACUAGUAGUGAUAUCAGUGAUAUAGUGAUAUCAACACAAGAUGAUGAAGGAGACGACACUCCUCCUAUAUUCGGCAGUGUAGCAUCAGUCCAUAGCAUUGCACAUCUUCUAGAAGAACAGUCCAGACAAAAACUGUUGUCUAUUGAAGAAGGUGAUACUGGGUCAGUGAGUCAGAAUCUAACUCCUUCUCAAUCAGAGAGACAAUCAGGUGCAGAAAGUCAAGAUGAAGACGAUGAACCUAAACCUUCUUCACAAUUCUACCUCUCUGUUGAAGAAACAGAAGCCAUCUGGCACACUAGUCGUAAAGAAAGCAUGGUACGCAGUGAAACUGAAGAUCUCAUGAUGAACAUAUCAACAUCCAGUCCUAAAGAUAUUCUUAAUAUACGUGAUGUGGCCAUGGAGAGUGUCAAGUGGUUGUGCCAUAAAUUAGGACCUGUACUAACAGCUAAACAUUUGUCUCGUAAUUUGAUAAGAAUGAUCUCCCUUUGUUAUAUUGGGGAUGAACAACUGCAAAAUUUAGAAAAAUCAGAUAAUCCUGAUUUAAAAUCCUCGCGUUUAGUUAUUGGUGAUGAACACUGUAUAAAGAUACUGGAUUGUUUAGGAUUUGUAGCUCAGUUAUAUGGUGAACAAGUUAUAUUGUUACAAUACAUACCUUGUAUUGUUGAUUUGGUGUCUGUAUGUCAGAAGAGAUUAACACCUAGAUCUGAAACUGGUAUACUCGGUGCAUUGUUAUUGUUAAGACAUGUUUUACAGUUUUUAACAGAUAAAUCAGUUAUGGACAUUUUAAAGCAAAUGAUAGUUAUUGAGACAUUGAUGCCGAUUAUUAAACUAGUUACCUCCCCUAAUACAUCGUUUCCUGGUGGCAGUUUGAUAAGAACAGUUAUUUGUCAUAAGAUAAUUGAUGUAUUAUAUAUACUUGGCUUACGACUUGGUUUCCAAAUGACUCGACUACAUCUAAAUCAAGCUAUGCAAAUAUUUUUUGAUGCCUUUAAUUGUGUCCAUGGUAAACAUUUAUUAACGAGUUUAAAUUCUAAGAUGGAAUCAACCUCUCCCUCAGCAUUUGGUAGCCAAGGGUCAGAAGAAGGAUACUUGCCCAUUAAAAUGGAUUCCAAUACUAAAGAGUAUAAAAUAGGAUCACCUAUAUCAGUUAAAAGCAUACAUAUGCCUGCUCAACGUCCAAAAUUAGACCAAACACCUAAAUAUCACAGCCUAUCUUCUAUGAAUUUAUUAGAUGAAAAAGAUGAAUUAAACGAGGUCAAAGUAGAAGAUAAAAAUAAAGAUAAUGGACUGAUGGAAUUAGCUGAAGUCUUUACACCAGAAUUAGCAUUGGCAGCUUAUAUACCAAUGUGUCGAAUUUUUGGCAGUAUUCACAUGGAGAAACAUCUACGAUGUGAUGAUUUGAUACGUAAUUUGUGUGCUCAACAAGAUAAAUCUAUGGAUAAUCCACAAUUUCAACAAUCACAGAAUAGCUCAGAAUAUGAGAGAGAUUUACUACUAUCAAAAGAGAAUGAUAAUGAAGUAAUAAAGAGAGAUGUUCGUGGAGGUAUAGGACAGAAUGUAGCUGUUAUAGGUAACAGAAUAGAAUUAACAGAGAGUAUUGAUACUAGCACGUCAACAAUAACAGAAUUUGGUAGAAGUUAUAAACAUUCUGGUAUAUUAUCCAUUAAUCCUGAUAGACUAUGUAGUGAGGAUAUGGAUAAUUAUAAAGGCAGACAUCUAAAAGGAAAUUGGUUAGCAUAUUGGGAACAUGAAUUAGGUUUACAUGAAAGAGAUACAUCGUUUAAUUUUAAACAGAUUAAAUUACAAACAUUUACAGGUCAUACCAAUAGUAUAAGAUCAUUAUUUGUGAUGGACAGUGAGAAUUCUUUUAUUAGUGCCAGUAAAGAUAAAACAGUUAAAUUAUGGUCGCUGUCUAGUUUAGGUGACGGAAAUGGCAAAUGUUCUUGUGUAUAUAACUAUCAACAUCACAAGAAGUCAGUAUUUUCUGUAGCCUAUGUAGAAACAGCUAGACUAGUCGCUAGCUGUGAUAGUACUGUUCAUAUUUGGGACCCAUUUACUGGUUCUACUAUAAAACAACUAGAAUCUAGUAAAUAUGCUCCAGUAGUAGCUGUAGCUCCUAUACCAUCACCUAGUACUAUGAUAGUAACUGCUACCACUGAUGCUACUUUAAGAUUUUUAGAUUUACGAACUGCAAAAUAUGAACACGAAUUCAGAUGUUCUACUGCUUCAGCAGGUUUGAUAAGAUGUGUGGCUGUUAGUCCAGAUGGUAAAUGGAUAGCUGUAGGAUUCUCUACUGGUAUGAUUAUAUUAUUAGAUUUAUUAUCAGGUAUCUUAAUGGCAGCAUGGAAAGCACAUGAUGGAGAAAUACUUCAGAUCAAAGCAUUUGAUAAAAGUAGAUUGGUAUCAACAUCAUUUGAUCAAACAGUCAAAGUCUGGAAAGUAGAAGAUGGCAAGGAAUUGUGUAAUUUGAAAGGCCCUACUGAACCUGUACACUGUAUAUGUUUCUAUAGAAAUCAAGUAUUAAGUGCUACAACAGCAAAUAGAAUAGGUCUUCAUACUACAAUAGAAGAAAAUAGUUCUUUCUCGAGUACAAAGUUAACAUCAGAUACUUUUAAAGGAGUAUUAACCUGUAUGUCUGUCUUACCUCUCAAUAGAGCUUUAUUAGUUGGUGCUGACAAUGGUUCAAUUAGGUUAUUAUGUUGA